AUGGUGGGACUAGCUCAACCAAUGCCUAAGAAGGUAAAGGUCAAGCUAUGGGACCUUAAACAAGCUCACUUGGGAGGAAGUCCCAUGUGUCAAGGAGCCAGCUCGACCGACAGCUCGAUCGAGCUAGAAACCAGGGCAACUCGAUCGAGCUACACAACUCGACCAGGUACUUUAGUGAAAAACAGUAACAAGAUGUUGACAGUGAGGGAAGCCGCGUCACAGAGGAAAGGAGAGAAGCAAGGGAGAGAAAGGCUGCAAGAUGAAGGAUUUGGAGAUGAGACGAGAAGAGAUGGAAGAGAUCUGAUGCAGGGGAUAUGUCUACUCUGA